CUCUAGCCGACUGCCCAAAAGGAUGGCCUCAGUUUGGCGAUUUAUGCUUUUCUUUCAACCCUGAACCUGUCACGUGGAUAACAGCAGCUUCCUUUUGCCACACACUCGGUGCUAGGCUAGUGGAAAUCACCAGCAAGGAAAAGCAGGACUGGAUUGCACAGCAGAUGAAAGCUAAACCUUUCU